CGUUGCCGCAUCGGUUGAGAUGUCGUAAAAGGAUGGCUUUCCCUUGGUCUUCCUGGGUUAGGCACAGAAGGUAGAGCUGCGGCGAGCGUGUUCCACGUCUCCCUGAGAUCCAGCCACUUCCAUGGGCCGCCGCCCUGCUCGCUGUUACCGGUACUGUAAGAAUAAGCCGUACCCCAAGUCGCGCUUCUGCCGAGGUGUGCCCGAUGCCAAGAUCCGGAUCUUUGACCUGGGCCGGAAGAAGGCGAAGGUGGACGAGUUCCCUCUGUGUGGCCACAUGGUGUCGGCUGAGUACGAACAGCUCUCCUCGGAAGCCCUGGAGGCCGCCCGCAUCUGUGCCAACAAAUACAUGGUGAAGAGCUGCGGCAAAGACGGCUUUCACAUCCGGGUGCGGCUGCACCCCUUCCACGUCAUCCGCAUCAACAAGAUGCUGUCCUGUGCCGGCGCUGACAGGCUGCAGACCGGGAUGCGAGGUGCCUUUGGAAAGCCUCAAGGGACCGUGGCCAGGGUCCACAUUGGGCAAGUCAUCAUGUCCAUCCGCACCAAGCUGCAGAACAAGGAGCACGUGAUCGAAGCCUUACGCAGGGCCAAGUUCAAGUUCCCUGGACGCCAGAAGAUCCACAUCUCCAAGAAGUGGGGCUUCACCAAGUUCAAUGCUGACGAAUUCGAAGACAAGGUGGCCGCCAAACGCCUCAUCCCUGACGGCUGUGGCGUCAAGUACAUCCCCGACCACGGCCCCUUGGCCAAGUGGCGAGCUUUGUACUCCUGAGGACUCUGGGAGCCCUGCUUCCUGGGACCAUGCCCGUCUCUGCUGUGCCAUAGAUUGUGUUUACCGGCAAAAAUUUAAACAUUUCUUAAUUUUAAAAUACUUCACAUGUUUAUCUGGUUUUUAAAAUGUAGCCCACUAGGAAAGUUUUAUAGUGAUACAGAAAGUUAUAAUGAAAAAUGAUAGUUUCCUCACUUAAGUAAGAAAUAUUAGAACACGUUUAUAGAAAAAGCUACUGUUAUUCUAUUCCAUAUACGUUGGGAGAAUAUAGGGAGAUAUGUCAAAAGUGUUGUUUAAAAUCUUAAUUUACACAGUUACCAUUCAAUAAAACAGAAAUUCCAAGUUUGUAUGAAAAAUCCUUAUUUAUAGAAAAGUAAAUAGAGAUGAAGUAAUGGUAGGCAUUAGGGGUGUUUCAGCUUCUGUCACUUGGAAGCUCAGUGGCCUUAUUUCUUGUACGUUGUUUUUAGAUUUCGCCAUCUCCUCUGAUUAGCAGCUUUAAGGCAGUUGGGUAUCAAUGAAAAAGGUUUUUCCAGAUAAGUUUUACAUUAUCUCACACUCAGGAGACAACUGCCCAAUCUUUUCUUUAUUAAAGAAAGGUCAUGGGUGACAACUGAGUUUAUAUUGGACAGAUCUGGGCCCCAGUAGAAUCAACUAGCGGCUCUCAGUGCUUUAAAAGGUCUCCAGGGAGUUUGCAUUCUGUUGGUGCUUGCCUUAGGUUAGUUCAUUGAUCACAUGGGUGUUGUUUUUUGUUUUACUCUAGAGCCUACAUAAAGUAAAUUUCCUGGCUCUGUAUUACAUUUGAAAAUACUGGUUUUUAAACUGAUUUAGUUUUCUGAAUCUUAAUCCUGCAAACAAUGUUUCCAGUUUUCUUAUACUAACCAUUCAAAGUCAAGGCACUUAACAAAAGGAACAACAAUAGUACUAAACAUCAUAGGAACAUAAUAUUGUUUAGUCUACAUUUACAUAAAUUCCUUUGUCUACCCUGAAGUGUUGUAUUUGGUUUGACAUAUCCUUCAGCCCCCUGCUGUUAUUAGAAAUUUCCUAUAAAGCUAGCUUGCAAUUUUGAGCUGUAAUGUUUUUCAGGUAACACACUUGAGGAUAAUCCUCAAUGAAUACCAAAUGUAUCGAAAGUGCUCUUCCGCCCAAGCAGCACUUUCCUUGUGUUUUGCUUGAAGCUUGAAAACUCUUGAAGUUUUUAGGAAAUUAAGAAAUGUGCAGUUAGUAAAUAAAGGUGAACCACAUUAUUUGA